UCUCUCUCUGCCUUUCGCAUCCACCCUUCCCUAUCGCACCAAAACGGAGCUCCCCUCCAUACCGAGAACAGAAGAGACGAAGCAAACGAGGAGCGGACCACCGAGCGAUCCCCCGCCUCCGCCUCCGCCCCGCCCUCGCGCGAUCUGAUCCGCCCGCCGGCUGCUCGGCCCGGCCGAUCGGGCCAAUGCUGCGGGGAUCCGCCCUCCGCUGCCGCCGCUGCUGAUCGCGGUGAGAAUUCCAUUCUGGUAGGAUUUGAUUAGUACGAACAUUGGAUGAAGUUUGUACUGAUCUAUGGAAGUGGAAACUCUACAAGAUGCUGAGGAGACUAAGAAUGGAGGGAAUGACUUUGAAGAGAAUGGCAGUUUGGAUCCCGUGGUUUACCAGCUAGUUCGGGUUGAAGGUGAUGGAACGCUUGUUCCUCCUACGGAGGACGAAGUCCUGCAGAUUGAACAGUUUCUUGAUGACAAGGUUGAUCUGCCUUCUAUUGAUGAUGUAGGAAAUGUGGAGGAUUUUUUUACUAAUGACUGCAUGCUUCUGAAGGAGCCUGACUUUGAAGAGGGGUAUUCCGAAUUAGAGACUAAUGGUGAAAUACAUACACAACAGUUUGAUGCUGACCUAGAGGUAGACAGGUUAAAACCGUCGGAUGACUCGCUUGAUAUUCCCUCGAAGUGUACAGUUGUUCAUGAUCACAAACCAGAUACGGAACAAGGCGAUAACAACAUUGUUCACCAGGACAAUGCUUCCACCGAGACUCCAAAAUCAACAGUAUUAAAUGACUCUUGCAGUGCUGAAAAAGAAAAGACCGAUGCUUGUUCAAGAUCUGUAAAUAACUCAUCUACAGGACCAUCUGUCUCUGGAGUUACUAGUUCAGUUCCCGACUUCUCCAUUUUAAGAGGAGAAGUCUCUUUGGAUAAUCUUACAAUUAGAGAACUUCAGGAAGCAUUUAGAGCCACAUUUGGGCGCGAAACUACUGUCAAGGACAAGUUAUGGCUCAAAAGACGGAUUACAAUGGGAUUGACCAAUUCCUGCGAUGUUCAAAGUUCAGGCUGUGUAGUUAAAGAUUAUAAAAUAGUUUGCAAGGAUGCCAAACACGAGCUACCUACAAUUGGAGGAAUACCUAAGGCUGAGGUUGAGGCUACUUCUUUGGUUAGGUAUCAAGUAUUGGGUCCUGGAAAUGAGAGAGAUACACCAUCUUGCUCUUACUAUCGGAGUGAGGACCAACAGCGAUCCUCCAAUAGGCUAAAAGGAGUAUCAACAGACAACGAUGAAUCAGAAGGAACUUUGCAGGAUGAACAAGGCGCCGCUAAGAGACUUAGAAAACCAACAAAAAGGUACAUUGAGGAGCUCUCAGAUACCGAGACACUUGACUCCACUGGGAAGCUUUCUUCACCAGGAAAAAGGGUUGCACAUGGUGAGGUGUUACUCAGACAACGGGUUACUCCUUUACAAGAAGUUGAUUCAUUGAGUAUAACUUAUCCUACCCGGAAGGAUACUUUUGGAGGAUUUAGUGUACAUGUUCCUUAUGCGUCAAGGAUGAGAAGAGGGCGUCCUCGGAGAAACUUCAUUUCAUUUUUGGAUGAUGAUCCACCUGUGGAAUGUCCUGAGGUUCAGAUGGCAGUUGAGACGAUGUUGGGAAAAGAUGGUGAACAUGUGAAUCAUGCAAGCAGUGCCGUGGAAGUUCCACUAACGAAAAAUGCUGAGAAGAAAGGAGGGCAUAUAGAAACAGCUGAGAAGAAAGGAGGGCAUAUAGAAACAGCUGAUAACAAGGAGAUUCAUUCCAUAGAGCCAGAGGAUAUUUGCAGAACUGAUGCCAAGACGAAAACAAAGCGGGGUUUGAAGCGGAAGCAUCAUCGAGCAUGGACAUUGUCCGAGGUUCUGAAGCUGGUCGAUGGCGUGGCUCAGUUCGGGCCUGGCAAAUGGUCUGAGAUUAGAAGACUAUCCUUUGCCUCAUAUUCUUACCGCACCUCAGUGGAUCUCAAGGAUAAGUGGCGCAAUCUGCUAAGAGCCAGCCAGACACAGCUUUCGCCGGAAAAUGAUGGUGUUUGUCCGCGGAAAAGCAACCCUUCGAUCAUUCCAAUACCACCGGCCAUUUUGCUACGAGUGAAAGAGCUAGCUGAGCUUCAGCCGCAAGCCGGCAACCUGGCGGCGGCAAUCAAGUUCUCAGGGCAGAGCAGCAAGGCGGCACAGGGGAGAGGUUCAUCGGGGUUCCUGUGAUCCAUGUGCUGCAAGGCAAGUAGAUGAAAAAACAAACAUCCGAGAGAGAUAGUAGGUGUAGUACGCUUGUGGACGACGAACACACUUAUUAUCGCGACGAAGUUGUGAUCGCGUUCUCCAUGUGCAAUGUAAAUAAUCUACCGCGCCUGCAAAAUGCAAUGCAAUGCCUUCUCACCUGGUUUC